AUGACGGUAGAGUGGUUUAGCAUAGUAACCGGUAAACAAAACAAAACGGCUUUUUCUUUUUCUUUUUCUUUUUUUGUUUCUUCUUUCUUGUUGUUCUUCUUUAUUCCUUCCUGCACUGAACGUCCGCUUAUACUUACGCUUAUACGUACACUCACACGUUGCAUCUCGGUGGGAGACACACACACUGUAAAUGCUUUUUCUGUUGUUGUUGUUGUUGUUGUCUUGUUACACGUCUCUCUGCCCCCUCCCCCGGCAGUAUACAGACAAAAAACACACACACCAAAUCAAACCAAAAAUAAACAAAUGAUGCGUUUCGGCCGUUUCUCUUGCCAUCGCAUCGGCCCAACUGGGUCUCCCCCCCCUUCCCCCCCGUUUCCUUUGUCGCUGUCCCAAUUUGAAAAUUUUCUUUCUGGGUGUUGUCUGUCUGUGCUGUGGCCGCCAGAUGGGAUCUUGCCGUUGUUGUUGUUCGUUGGUUUGUCUCUGGCCCAAUUCGUGGUGGUAGAGUUCUCUGUGCUGUGCUGUGCUGUGCUGUCUCUUCUCGCCAAACAAAUUUUUCACUUUACAUUUUCGUUCUAUUCCAUUUUCCCUCUGCUCUGCUCUGCUCUGCUCUGCAUUUUCGUUUUCGUUUUCGUUUUCGUUUCGAUUUUAUUUUUAAAUUUUUCAGCUUUUCCCAACUUUCCCAAAUUUUUCAGUUCGUUUCGAACUGUUUUGUUGUCCACGGCCUGGAUCAGUCCAGUCUACCAGGCUAGUCUAGAGGUCAUAUAG